AGAAGAUCGAGAGAAAGAAGAAAAGGAAAAAAACAAAAAAAAAGAUGAAAAUGGUCGGAAGGAUCUUUCUCCUUUUCCUCUCCGUCUCCGUCACGGUAGUCAUCGCCGGAAAAGCUCCACCACCAACAUUCACCGAGAAAGGCAAAGCCUUAGCUGAGAAACUAUGCGAGAAAUCCGAAGACAAAGCGUUCUGCGUUUCGAGCCUAACGUCGCGUCCCGAAGCACAAACCGCAACCGCGCCUAAACUCGGCGUGAUCGCGUUAAGCAUCGCGUCAACAAACGCUUCGGACACGUCUUUCUACAUAAAAGCCAAACUAAAACAGAAAAACCUGGAGCCGGCGUUAGAAGACACGCUCGACGACUGCUCAAAGAAUUACUUAGACGCAGUCGCGCAGCUAGACGAUUCUCUGGCCGCUUUGCUCGCGAAUGCGUUCAUCGACGUCGAUAUAUGGCUCAACACGGCGAUUAGCGACGGCGAGGCUUGUGAAAGCGCUUUGAGCGAACGUGCUGGGAAUGACGCUGAGCUUGCUCGUAGGAACACAAACUUCUUGAAGCUUUGCAAGGAUGCUCUUCUCAUCAACACUAUUUUAACUCCAUAAAGUUUAUUUUGUUAGCCGAUUAAAAUUAAUUUACAUCGGCUUGUCUGUUGUAAUAUUUCGUUGAUACGUGGGGGUAAAUUAAACGAUAUUUGAAAAUACUUUUUUUUUGGGAAAUUUUGAA